AACACACAACUGGUAAUGGUGCGAAACGUUCAGUGGGAUGAACCGGUGUGUAGAUCGUCCCGCAAAAUGUUCUCAAAUUGGGGGUUCAGGGCAGAAAUCUCCGAAUGGAGACAUCAGGGAUCGAGGUUUUGUAUGGGAACGUCCGAAUUUCAUCCCCUUUUCCCCUUCUGCUUUCCCCUAGGUGCCAGCUUGCUCUUCGCGAGGAGCCCCCCGGCCAACAAGGUGAUCAAGACGCGCUACAGGAUAGUGAAGAAGAACGUGGGCUUCCCCUCCUCCUCCUUCAGCAGCCCUGUCCCCAGCUGGAAGACCAGGCGUUUGGGGACAUCCAGGUCCCUCCUGUUAAACCAAGCGCGCCCCUCGCCGCAGGGCACCAAAUCCCAGCCCGUGCCACCAGGAUGGAGGAGCAAAGGCUACCGCUGCAUCGGAGGGGUGAUGUACCGCGUGUCGGCCAACAAACUCUCCAAAACCUCCAGCACCCCCGGCCGGGGCAGAGAUCUGAGCACCAAGAGCCCCGGCAGAGCAGUGAGGUUGAGCGGCACGCCCGGCGGUCCUGGCUUCUCCCCAUCUGGUAUCCUGAACCGAUCCACGACGAGCCGCUACAUCGCCAGCCGUGCCGUUCAGCGGAGUUUGGCCAUCAUUCGUCAAGCCAAGCAGAAGAAAGAGAAGAAGAAGGAGUACUGCAUGUACUACAACCGCUUCGGCAGGUGUAAUCGCGGGGAGAACUGCCCCUACAUCCAUGAUCCAGAGAAGGUGGCCGUCUGCACCAGGUUUCUCCGUGGCACGUGCAAGAAGACGGACGGGAAUUGCCCAUUUUCCCACAAAGUUUCCAAAGACAAGAUGCCGGUGUGCUCCUACUUCUUGAAGGGGAUCUGCAGCAACAGCAACUGCCCCUACAGCCACGUCUACGUCUCCCGGAAGGCUGAAGUGUGCCAGGAUUUCCUCAAAGGCUAUUGCCCCAUGGGAGAAAAGUGCAAGAAGAAGCACACCCUGGUUUGCCCGGACUUCGCCAAGAAGGGCGUCUGCCCCAAGGGCGCCCGCUGCAAGCUGCUGCACCCGCAGAAGAAACGUCAACCCCGAGGGGACAGCGCUGAUCCCCCCUCCAAGUGCCAGUGGCUCUGCGAGGAGACGGGCAGGAACCACCCAGCUCAGCCCUGCGAUGACGGGGAAGUGCCCGGCCCCUCCGGCGCGGAGCAGGACGUGAAGUUUUGGAAAGACGCGGACGCCUCGCAAAGCAGCCGGCUCCAAAAAUUGCCCUCCUUCAUCUCCCUCCUGUCCUCCGCCUCCCCCGGGGACGAGGGCUGCAAAGUGGAGAGGGACGAGGACGAGCCAGGGGACGAGCCAGCUGGCACCAAGUGGAAAAGGACCUUGUUGAGGGCGGCCUCGCGGGACCCCGAAAACGCCUCUCAGGAGGAAGGUGGUGGCAGAGGCAAAAAACUGCAGAUCAAGCCCCGGCUGUGAGCGUUGUCCCCGCGGCAGCCGACCAGCUCAGGAAAAGCCAAAACCAGGCUUCAUCGCCUGGCACCUACCUCAGGACCCCGUGCCGGGACGUGGCACCCCCUUUUUUGCGUUGAGUUUUGGGAUGUGGUUUGGCCAGGGAGCCCGGCAGCGGCGCGGAGGGAGCGGCGCCCAGUCCGUGUGGCUCAGGGAGGUGGUUUUGUUGAAGCUGUUUGGUUUUUUAUUAUUUUAUUUUCCCAAUAAAUUCUCUUUUAAGGUGGUUUAUUUAAGGCUGAAGGGCACGCGGGCGCUGCUCGGAUGCGGGACCCGAGCGCCCUGCGGUCGUCCACGGCCACGUGCCCGCCUCCAGGUUUGGGACAACGAGCCUGAUGGUCUCAAGUCAUCGUGGUGAGAUGUAGCAGGGCGUAAAGCCCCCGCCUGGCUCGGCUUUCCCAAAAUCACAGCCCACCUGCAUCCAUCCUGCUCCGUCCCUUCUCUUUAGGAGUGUUUGGAGCGGAGCCACGUGCCAGGCAUCACCGUGGGCCAAUUCCCUCGCAGCACGCCCGUCCCAGCGGGGUUUUUGCUCAUUUGGAAGACCCCAACCAGCUCUUUUUGGGGUCUUUGGGAAUCCGGACGGGAGCAAAGCAAACCUCCAGGCUGGUAGGAAAUAACCCCGGGACCGCAGCUGCUCCGCGCAUCGUGGGCGCAUCCUAAAUGUCGAGCCGUGGUCCCUGCUGCGGUGUGGAUCUAAUAUCUCACGGCGUGGGUGUGAUGAGCUGUGCAAAUCUCAGCUCCUCGCGGCCGCUUGCUGGCCAGCCAGUGCUGUGGGGCUUUUUUUUUGCAUCCGCGGGUUCAAUUUCAGCCCCAAAUUCAGUUUGCUUUCGGCCUCUCGGGUGCGAUUUUGAGGACGGGGGGGCAGGAUUUGCCCACCCGCUGUCCCGAAACAGCAGCCCCAGGGGGCAAACUCGAUCUAGGAGCCCUUUGGGGAAGAGGCAGAGCUGCACAAAGCAGGGCUGCGUGCCCCGUGGGGACAUUUUCCUGGCUCUGCCUGCCCGUGCCAAAAUAUUUGUGCACCGAACCCCUUUUUGCUCGCUCCCCACGUGCGCAGCACCCUUCACCCUGCUGCUGGCAGAGCUCGGCCGUUUUCUUUACACCCCUGAGCCCCUCCUCGGCGUUUCCAACCCGGAGCCAGCUCCAGCAGACACGGGGGGGUGAGCUCAGGGGGUGCUCGGUGUCCCCAGGGAGCUGGCACCCAGCUGGGCUCGGCCGUGGGGUGGGCGACGAAGCCACCGCGCCGCAGCGGGCUCAGCUGCAACCGCGGCUCCGGCGAGGCUGACGGCUGCGUUUUCACCCCCUCCACGAUCCCAAAGGGGGGGGUUCACAUCCCCGAACGAGCUGGGUGAGUGCACCCCACGGACAUGGGGUUGUUGUUACCCCGUCCAUACCCUGCCUGGUUCCUUUUUGGGGUCAUGGGAUUUAUGGCACGCAGAGCCCCCCCCCCCCCUCCCCAAAUCCCGGUCAUGUUUCGCCCCAAGUGCCUGGCGCACAGCUCGGGGCAUGGCAGGCCACCGAGGGCCCUAUUAAUUAAUUAAUGCCUGUCACCUCCCUGGGUUCCUCGUUAUGGGCAGCCAGGGGGUUUAAUGCCACGUGGAGGCGAGCUGGGGGUGGCCGUGUCCCCAGCAUCCCCCCCCCGGUGUCCCCCCUCCUCGGUGCGGCGGGCAGCGCACGGCGUGUGUACGGAGCUCUCCUCGCCCCGAGCUGUUUUUAAUAAAGAUGUCAUCCCCCCCCCUCUCCCCCCCACCUCGUUACCUCCAUGUCUUUUAUUAACCUGUGCGUUUUGAUAUUUAAAUAAAGGAGUUCCUGCCUCGAAAACA